AUGGAUUUCCAAGCUUUUGCCUUUCCAAUUGUACUCUCCUUCUUCAUCUUCAUUUUCACUGCAAUAAAAUACAGUCAGAAGUCCGAUGUGAAAGGCCUUUCCAAGCUUCCUCCCGGUCCUAGGAAGCUCCCUGUCAUAGGAAACUUGCACCAGCUCCUCGGAUCACCGGCUCAUUGUGCGUUGUGGGAGUUGGCCAAGAUAUAUGGGCCAUUGAUGCAUAUGCAGUUUGGGGAAGUUCCUCAUGUGGUCAUAUCUUCAGCCGAAAUGGCCAAAGAGGUGAUGAAGACCCAUGACAUUACUUUCGCAACUAGGCCUCGGCUUCUUGCUACAGAAGUGCUGUCAUACGGAUCAACAGAUAUUGCAUUCGCGCCCUACAGCGAAUACUGGAGGCAACUUCGAAAGAUCUGCACUUUGGAGCUCUUGAGUGCCAAGAGGGUCCAGUCUUUUAGGCAUAUAAGGGAAGAAGAGAUUUCGAAUCUCGUCAAAUGGGUCGCUUCUAAUGCAGGGUCUCCAAUCAAUCUUACUCAGAGACUAUUCUCGACUAACUACGGAGCUACUUCGAUUGCAGCUUUCGGGAAGAAAGUCAAAGAGCAGGAGGAGUUCAUAACAAUAGUCAAAGAAGCAAUUCGAUUGGCUGCUGGCUUCGAAGUUGGGGACGUGUUUCCUUCAUUGAAGUGGCUUCAUGUGAUUACCGGGAUGAAGCCACGAUUGGAAAAGUUGCGUCAGCAACUGGACCGGAUUAUGAACAACUUAAUCAGAGAAAAGGAGGAAGAGAGGGCUAACAGAAGCAGUGAUGAAACGACACUCGAUGGUUUGGUUGAUGUUCUCUUGAGGUUCGCCGAUCCUAGUGGUCCUGAUUUUUUUCUAACCACUGACAACGUCAAGGCAGUACUACUGGACAUUUUUGCCGCCGGGAGCGAGACUUCAGCCACGCAGGUGGAUUGGGCAUUGGCGGAGAUGAUGAAGAAUCCGAGAAUCCUUAAAAAAGCGCAGGCUGAGGUUAGGGAGGUCUUCGACAGGAGAGGCAAGGCAGAUGAGACAGGGUUGCCCGAACUAGAGUACCUGAAGCUGGUAAUAAAAGAGUGCCUGAGGUUGCGCCCUUCUAUUCCCUUGCUGCUCCCGAGGGAAUGCACAGAGAGGUGCGAGAUAAAUGGAUACGAGAUCCCGGUCAAGACCAGGGUGCUCGUGAAUGCGUGGGCGAUCGGGAGAGACCCCAAGUACUGGGACGACCCCGAGUCCUUUUAUCCAGAGAGGUUCAAGGACAGCCCGGUGGAUUAUAAAGGGACUAGCUUUGAGUACAUACCAUUUGGUGCAGGGAGAAGGAUCUGUCCGGGGAUGAACUUUGGGAUUGCGAAUGUGGAGCUUCCACUGGCAAUGUUGCUGUACCACUUUGACUGGGAGCUCCCUGAGGGAAUGAAGAGUGAAGAAAUGGACAUGAGUGAGACACUGGGUGUGAGUCAGAGGAGGAAGCGUGAUCUGUACGUGGUUCCUAAGCCGUACCAGCCUAGCUUCACUUGUUGAGACAUUCGUAGAAGAUUGGUACAAAUGUUGUUAAAUUUACAGACGUUUGUCGCCAAUGUAAGGGAAGAAACAUAAAGAAUGCAAUCAUGUACUUGU